GAUUUCUCUAAUACUGCACACCGCAAACCGGUAAUCCCGCCGAUUUAGUUGUCUAAUCGUUGCUUCAUUGGCCAACAGACGAAGGAAUAGACCCAUUGUCCCGAUCUCGCCUUGUGUUAUGUGAGAUCAGUGUGUUGCGAACAUGGCGUUACAGCAAGUGUCUAACCAGCCAUACUCCAGCAAUCCGCAGCAACUAAAAAGUUUGCAGCCGAAGUUUGCGGAUGAGCUCCUUGCGCGUACUGAUACGCUUAUAUCGAGAAUUAGACCGACACAGCUGUCUCUCCACCGGCGAUGGGCUAUCACGGAGCAUGUGACGUCCCUUGUGAAGCGUUGCUUUGCACCGCACGAUUUGACAGCGGUGCCGUUUGGCUCAGUGCCCCUAAAGACCUACUUGCCGGACGGUGAUAUAGAUCUAUCAAUCUACAGCAGCAGCCCGCGCGCCCAGUCUCUCAAGGAGGCGCUGCGGGAUACAUGGGCCACGCAGCUGCAGCUCUGCCUAGAGGAUGAGGCCAACAACCCGAAUGCUGUAUUCCGGGUUGCCAACGUGCAAGUGAUUCAUGCAGAGGUGAAGCUUCUCAAGUGCCUGGUUGACAACAUCGUGGUGGACAUCUCCUUCUUCCAGCUGGGCGGCCUCAACACCUACAACUUCCUGGAGGACGUGGACAGGUUCGUGGACGCGUGCGUGCCGGCGCGCAAGCACCUGUUCAAGGACAGCAUCAUACUGGUCAAGGGCUGGUGCUACUACGAGAGCCGCGUGCUGGGUGCGCACCACGGCCUCAUCUCCACCUACGCGCUGGAGACGCUGGUGCUGUACGUCAUCAACCUGCACCACCGGGAGCUAACCAACCCGCUGCAGGUGUUGUACCGCUUCCUGGUGGAGUGCAGCGGCUUCGACUGGGAGCGCUACUGCCUCAGCCUGCAGGGGCCCAUCCCGCUGGCCAGCUUCCCCAACCCAACAGUCGAAACGCCCGAGCCGCUCCUCCAACGCGAGCCGCUGCUCACCGAGCCCUUCAUGACCCGCGCCUACCAGCGCUACACCGCUCCGCAGCUGGCGGCAGCGGGAGGCGAGCUGAAGCCCUUUGCCAUCCGGCAGCUGAAUGUGAUGGAUCCCAUCCUGCCCAACAACAACCUGGGGAGGUCCGUGUCCAAGGCGUCGUACCUGCGCAUCCGCAGGGCCUUCGAGCAUGGGGCGCGCAUGCUGGCGGAUAUCGCAGAGCAGGCCAAGGAGCUGGGUCCCUUCAUCGGCGCCAAGGGCUUUGACAACUUCUUCGGCAAAGUCUGGAACGCCCAGCGCCACAAGAAGCAGCACCUGGGGGCUCCAGGGCCGCCCGGGGAGCCGCAUGUCAACGGCGGAGGCGGCGGCCCGCCGCCCAGCCUGCACCACCCAGUGGCUGUACGGCCCCUGCCGCAGCCCUUCCCGCACAUGCCCGCGCCGCCGUUGCCGAGCACCUCCGCAC